AUGCACUAUGACUUCUUCUUGACAAACAUAAAGAAUCUUACCGAAAUAAAGAUGUAUGAUUUAACAGAAUAUGAAGGCUUAACGAUGUCAGAUGUAAAGAAAGGCAAACCAAAAAAGAGACCAUAUAGAGAUGAAAGCACACUGACAAAUGACCAGAAAGCCAUUUUGGAAGCUCUUAAGCAAACAGGAAACCCAGCACUUAUAGAAAGCUUUUGGAAAGAUAAUGGUGAAAAGAAGUUUUAUAAGAAGAGAAGCGGUCAGUUCUGGAAGUAUCUUUGCACAUUACCUAUAAAUCUUGAACGCUACCAAAUCUUCAAUGAACUGAACAAAAGAACUGCAACACUUAUGACAGAGGACAAUUGUUUCGUUUAUGCUUGCAUUCAGGCUGGAGUAAAUGAAGAAACUAUUGACCACAUGAGAGAAGUCAUUCGUGUUAGAGACUUUCCUCAAAGUAAAGUACAAGAAAUUUCUGACGCAACAGGUAUAUCAUUUAAUGUUACCAUUGGUUAUUUCAAUGAGUCAAGACAUAAUGAAAUAAAGAGAUAUAUACCAAAAGAAUGCGAAACUGUUAGAACUAUUGA